AUGAAAGAAGCUCUAAAGCAAAGAUUAACGAGUAGGGUCAAAUCAAUACUUAAGACUCAUCUGUCCGCAAUACACAAAGUAAGGGCCAUUAACACAUAUGCUAUUCCGACAAUAACAUAUAGCUUCGGAAUAAUCAAGUGGACAGACUCUUACUUAGAGCAGCUAAACAGAAACAUAAGAGUCUUAUUUACAAAUCAUAGAGCAAGACAUCCCAAGAGUUCGAUCGAAAGAUUCUACUUGCCAGAUCCAAAGGGGGACGAGGCAUUGCUAAGGAUGCUAAUCUUACAAAAGCUGGAACUAAACGCAAAAGAAAAAAAUCAGCGAGAGUUUGUUAAGCAGGAAAAAGAAAAAAGCCGAAUUAAUAAAAGCGCUGUCGGUCUUUCGUGUAAUAAGGAAAAAUGUAAAAUUAGAUGUUCAGUACUUUUUUCUGAGGAUCACAGACGUGAAAUCCAUAACCAGUUUUGGGAACUAUCUCAUGCAGAAAGAAGAUCAUUUGUUUUAAGCUCUUGCGAACGUUUGGAAAUUAAGCGUCGAACAACAGAAAAUAAUGCUGAACCACAUGUUAGACAUAAUGUUUUCAAAUACACCUUCAAAGACAGCCUGGGCAUUAGCAACACCUACUUGAUACUGCAUAUGUCGAGCAUCGAAAACUGCGAGGCGUACAAAUCGACAAAAGAGGAAGACGGCGAAACGGCCACUAAGUACAAUUUAAAGGAUUAUUUACUAAUACUUCACACCUGGAGGUAA